AUGAUCCGCUCAACCCAAAUAGCGAGGCUCGACGGCCUCAUGCUCUGCGCAUCCGUCGACGACGAGCAACAAGAAGCAGCCCUCUCCGAAGUCAAGUCGCAAAUCAAACAAGUCCUGCGCAAGCUCACCCGCAACUCGGAACCCCAAGCCAGCAUCGAAAGCGGCGCCUACAACCUCAACUACCUAAUGGACUCAGACAUAACCUUCAUCUGCAUAACAGACAAAUCCUACCCCCGCAAACUAGCCUUCACCUACCUCUCCGACCUCGCCCGCGAAUUCACAACAACCUACCCCGUCUCCCAGCUCCACUCCCCUUCCCUCCGCCCCUACGCCUUCAUGGAAUUCGACACCUUUAUCAACCGCACAAAGUCGACCUACUCGGACUCCCGCGCCUCCCAGAACCUCGACAAGCUCAACGACGAGCUGCGCGACGUCACCAAAGUCAUGACCAAGAACAUUGAGGACCUCCUCUACCGCGGCGACUCCCUCGACCGCAUGGGCGAGCUCAGCUCCCGCCUGCGCGACGAUAGCAAAAAGUACAGGCGCGCCGCUGUCAGGAUUAACUGGGAGCUGCUGCUGAAGCAGUACGGUCCCCUUGGUGCGCUGGGGUUCAUUGUCAUUGUCUUCUUUUGGUGGCGUUUCUUUUGA